GUAGUUUCAAAUUGAAAGGAGUGUGAUGGUCACUUUCUGGGAAUGAUGUCUCUGUAUGAACAUGGCAUUUGGUACUCUCAUCAUCACUUUGGCAGCGUGCCUCGAGCUCGAAAACCUCUCUCUAGCAGCAGAAGCAUUCUCCACCCGACGCAUCUCGAGCUUACGCCCAUACAACGACGACCCAGUCAUUUCAUCUCUACCACUAUCUACUCCCACAUAUGUCUCUCAUCGACUCCAUAAGUCCCGUUACCACCUUCCUAUUGACAUCUAAAAAAAUUCCAUACAGGCCACAGCGUCAAUCGUAAUAAAUCGG